CUCUGGGAUACAGGAAGUCGCUUGCCACUGUUCUCACUAACUUAGCCCAUCAUCUGCAACUCUUCAGCGAGUGUACCUCAAGACAUAUCUCUGCUGCAGGAAUCCACGAAAGACUAAACGUAUCCACUGUGAAGAAGGAUGUCGUCUGGAGCUCUGUUCCCCAGCCUGGUCUCUGGCUCCCGCAGCUCGUCCAGUAAAUAUCUGGUUGAGUUCCGGGCUGGUAAAAUGAGCCUGAAGGGCAGCACUGUGACCCCGGACAAACGCAAGGGUUCCGUGUACAUCCAGCAGACAGACGACUCGCUCAUCCACUUCUGCUGGAAGGACAGGACCUCUGGGAAUGUGGAGGAUGAUCUGAUAAUAUUCCCAGAUGACUGUGAGUUCAAGCGGGUCAGUCAGUGCACGACAGGACGCGUGUAUGUGCUGAAGUUCAAGGCUGGCUCUAAAAGGCUGUUCUUUUGGAUGCAGGAGCCCAAAACAGAUAAAGAUGAGGAGUACUGUCGCAAAGUCAACGAGUACCUGAACAACCCCCCCAUGCCAGGCGCUCUGGGCAGCGGAGGAGGUGGUGGACAUGAACUCUCUGCACUUGGUGGAGAAGGUGGCUUGCAAAGCCUCCUGGGAAAUAUGAGCCACAACCAACUCAUGCAGCUGAUUGGACCAACAGGACUGGGUGGACUUGGUGCUCUGGCUGGUCCAGGUCUGGCCAGUUUGUUGGGCAGUGGAGGUCCUGCUACCAGUAGCUCAACCUCGAGCUCCCGCAGCCAAUCGGCAGCCGCCACUCCCUCCUCUGGAUCCACCGCACGCCUCAGCUCCACCCAGGCGCCCACCACACCCGUAACCCCUGCUGCGACCUCCACCGGCUCACCCACGGUGACCCCCACCACCCCUGCAGCCCAGACCCCCUCCAUACCUGCAGCAGGACCCCCGUCCAGCACACAGCCCAUCCAGCUGAGUGACCUCCAGAGCAUCCUGGCCACCAUGAACGUUCCCGCCAUGGCCGCAGAGGGAGCGGGAGUGGACCUGGCCAGUGUGUUGACCCCUGAUGUCAUGGCUCCUAUUCUGGCGAACCCUGAAGUGCAGCAGAGACUGCUUCCGUACCUGCCAUCAGGAGAAUCCCUCCCACAGAGCGCCGACGAGAUCCAGAACACACUGACCUCUCCACAGUUCCAGCAG